GAUAAUCUCACUAGCAGUUGUGGAAAUCGGGGCAGUGCAGCUAUAAUCAGCCUGGACCUAUCUGCGUCCUUUGACCCGAUUAAUCAUCAAAUACUCUUAGAAAAGCUAAAAAUGGAGUUUGGCAUGCGCGAACGCAUCUUAGUUCUGGUUCAAUUUAUAUCUUUCAAACCGCCUUCAAUUUACUAA